AUUUUAGAUUUCUAGAUCUAUCUAUAUUUUAUUAUUUUAAAUAUUGAAUAUUAUUAACAAAUAUUUUGGAAUUUCUAAAACUCUUCUAUUUUGCUGUCAAUAACGACUUGUUUAAACAUGGCGUCGUCCAAUGUAAAGUUUUACGAAAGACAGAAAGAAUUACAGGAUACUAUUUCCAACUGUGAACAGCAAAGACUAACCCUUGAACACCAGUUCAGAAGAUCUCUUCAAGCAGACCAAACAUCGACUAAAAUGAAAGCUUCCAGGCUAUACACCUACUGGAGAAAAGUUUGUGAAGAUGAACGGAAAGCCAAACAAAGGAAUGAAAUGUUGUUAAGAGAUUUCCAAAGAAUAGACAGCCACAUGUCAGAACUGAAUGCCAGAACUCAGAGACUAGCUUUGAUGAAGAAACAGUAUGAGGAUUAUAUUGCGAGUACUUAUCCGCAAUGGAACACACUAAUGUCUGGCUCUUCCCAGAAUGUACAAAAAACUUUAUCAGAUGAUCUUCUCAAACCUGAAGUACAAAAGCAAAUGCAGCCUAUGCCCGAGAAGACCAAUAGCCCACCCCCACCAUCACCAAUACGCCCACAGGCAGGUUCUAACCAUAUAAAAUCUGGCGUCGAAACUAGACAGCCUGGAACUCCUGAACAUCACAUCAAGAAGUCAACUAUUUCUCACCCACAGAAUCAAGGGUCUUCUCAUCCACAAAAUGAGGGGUCCUCUCACCCUCAAAAUCAAGGGUCAACAAAAUCCCACCCCCAAAGUCAGGGGUCUAUUAAAUCUCAACCCCAAAGUCAGGGGUCUACUAGUUCUCAACCCCAAAUUCAGAAGUCAUCAGAGCCACAACAAACAGGGCAGAAAUUCUCGCAACACACAGCAGAAGAUGUGAUGAUCAAGAGUGAACGUAAAGUGCAAGCGAAAGAAAUAAUCUAUGCUAAUCUACCCAGUGCUACAAAGGAUUCUGUUGUGCACCAUGACACAGUGGAGCAGAAACCACAUUCACCAACCCACCAUAUUACUUCAGCACAGUCUCAGCCAAUCAAAAAUUUAGAUGUAAAAUAUUCUGGCCAAAUGGUGCCGCCUGAAGAAAACCUAGCUGAACAAGAUGAAGAAGACAGCAUGGAAUUUAUGACUGAGAGUGACCUCCCCAUGGCAUUGUCCUUAGGCAACACUCAAGUUAAAGCUGACCCACAGAGUGAAGAGCAGAGUAGCUUUAAAAAGUUUGAAUUAUCCAGCACCAUAAAACCAGAACUCACAGUUAGGGGACUACUAGGCCUGUUGAAACUGAUGGAGGCUGAUUUAGAGGAUGCGUUUUCUCUUGAGGGCUACUACAGGUCCUCCUGGCCUGAUACAGCCCAGAAAAAUGACAUUAUCAGGAAAGCAAAUGCUGGCCAGGAUCUGAGUCGAGUUGAUGCCAAUCUAAUUAGUAUGGUCAUACUGGAACAGCUGACUCUAAUUGCCAGAAACCUCAAAGACAAAUGUGUGCUGACAGAGAGUAUGUUAGCAGGAAAUCUGACUGAUCUUUCUCCUUCUAAACUAAGGCAGCAGCUGGCUGCUGAUGCUGUGGUGGUAUGGGAUGCUGUGUUUCACCACUUCACACAGCUGGUCAAAGCUCAAGCCCUCAGGCCCAAUGAGCUCUCUGCCAUUUUCACCCCAUGUUUGGUGUCUGAUGGAGGUUCUCAAGAUAAGGCUCAUCACCUCCUGUGUCACCUACUAGGAGAGAUCAAUACUUUGCCAGAAAACCCUGUCACCCCUCGCUGGAGCCAGUCCAUGAUCUCUGGACAAGCAUUGGAAGAGUCCAACAGCUUUAUGGAGGAUGGCAGAGUGCCCCCUCUCAAGUUUGGCAGCUUGUUAGAUAAACCAUUCAGUGAUGAUGAGUCUAGUUACAUGACUAGCCUGCCUAGAGAUAGUGUACCAUUAAACGAGACAGCAGCGUACAAAAGCAUGGUCUCAGGUCACGCAGCAAACCAGCCUCGCCACCAGAACUCUCUACAGGAAGAUACGGAUGACGAUGUUGAGAAGCAAAUCAAAGCAACUCUUACAAAAAAAGUUUCCCAGCCCCAGCAGCAGAAGACAGUGGUGGAGAUGGACGACUUCUCAGAGACCAGUUCUCAGACAACCACACAGCAGACCACGCCCCAUCUCUAUAUCCCUACAGCCAUGACACCUAGGUCAGCGACAAAACAGAAUCUUUCUAGAUUUGGUGUUAGAAUUAGCUCAGACCUUGACACAGAUACUGAAGUGGACAUUGCUAACUUAGGCAGCAAUAAAAAGGAGGAAGAUGAUUUUGAUUUUUAUGACUAAGCUCUUAAAUUAAAUUGGCAUUUUUAAAUAACCGAAUAGUAGGCCUAUUACAAAAAUUGUAUCAGUUAUGUAUUAAAAAGAUAAUAUUAAAGUAGCCUGAUCA